CUUGUUUCGUUGACCACGGUCGAUGAACGGAUGGUGAUACGAACGUUUCAUCCACGUCUGACAUUUCGGACCGGACAGUUCUGCAGCUGUGAACAAAAAAUGUUUUGAAAACAAAUCCAACACAGAUUAUAACGCUUUUCUAUUGCAAUAUAUAUACUUUUUUUUACUGAUGGGGAAAAACCUGUCCACGAAAAAAAUUUGUACAAUAAAAGGGAUAAUCGUAACUCCGCCCAUGCGAAGGGGACUGUAAUGAUUUCCAAAGGGCGUAUCUGUUCUGAUUGGCCAGUCGCAGUUCCGUAUCUACGGAUGCUGGGCAAAGUGAAAUUUUCAUGUGCAGCAUUUUCAUAUUCGCCUUUGACAGUCCAGCUUAACAUAGCUGUUAGUGGUUCCGAAUUUCUUCUAGUCUCGCUGGAUAUUAAAAAUGGAUUUUUUAUCUUGUGGUAUGUAUUCAAUGGCGGAUUCGACGCUUCCAGAUUCCGUGGACGGACACAGUACACUCGCGAAAAAAAGCCGCGAAAAAAGUACAGUGACGGGAAUGGCCACGUUGACUAGAGAAGAACGACGGAGAAGACGGCGAGCCACUCAAAAGUACAGAAUGGCUCAUGCUACACGCGAGCGAGUUAGAGUCGAAGCGUUCAACGUGGCAUUCGGAGAAUUGCGAAAACUUUUGCCCACAAUACCACCCGACAAGAAAUUGUCAAAAAUCGAAAUAUUAAGGCUCGCGAUAUGCUACAUUAUGUAUUUAAAUCAAUUUUUGGAAACGUAAAUUGUUAAUGUUCGUGAUCUUGGACGCCCGGCGGUGACCAUCUUGGAUUAGAUUUACAUAAUAUAAAAUUAUAAAAUGGACACUAAAUGAUUUUAAUCCCCGAGAAUUGAAUACAAAGUAUUAUAAAUUUAUAGUCAACAAUGAUUCAAUAGUUAUCAAAAAUGUAUCAUUCUAUAUUAUUACGGUGUUUGAUUUGGCAUUACAUUGUUCAUUAGAAAUUUUCAUUUUAUAGAAGUAUUUUCUAUUAUUAUUAUUAUUAUAUUUUGUAUAUACUAAUGCGAUUGUGCUUAAACACAAUUUUUUAUAAUAAUAUAUAUUAUAAUUUAUUUAUUUUUUAUAUAUAUAUUAUAAUACAUUUGUUUCAUUUUUAAAAUCUA